GCCAUAAACACGAUCAGAUUGUCGAGGAGCACACGAUCGGACCCUGUCCUCAUGACAUUCUCUCAAACGGGCUACACUGGGUGAGAUCUACUGGAGAAAUCGUGAUCGGACUGAUCGGAUGUUUAGCUGACUGUGAUUGUGCGACCAUUAUCAUGGCUGCGUCUGAAUUAUAUACGAAGUAUGCCCGGGUUUGGAUCCCGGAUGUGGAGGAAGUUUGGAAGUCAGCAGAGCUCAUCAAGGAUUACAAACAAGGAGAUGGAGUUCUGAAUCUGCAGCUCGAGGAUGGAACGGAACUCGAGUACAAAUUGGACCCCAAGACAAACAACCUCCCGCAUCUACGUAACCCAGAUAUCCUGGUGGGAGAGAACGACCUAACGGCCCUCAGCUACCUGCACGAGCCCGCCGUGUUACACAACUUGAAAGUGCGCUUCUUCGAUUCCAAGCUCAUCUACACGUACUGCGGUAUCGUACUUGUCGCCAUCAACCCAUACGAGACGCUGCCCAUUUAUGGAAGUGACAUCAUUAAUGCGUACAGUGGGCAGAAUAUGGGCGACAUGGACCCGCAUAUCUUCGCAGUGGCAGAGGAAGCUUAUAAACAGAUGGCCAGAGAUGAAAGGAAUCAGUCCAUCAUUGUGAGCGGAGAAUCCGGGGCGGGUAAAACGGUCUCUGCCAAGUAUGCAAUGCGUUACUUUGCCACAGUCAGCGGCUCUGCCAGCGAAGCCAACGUGGAGGUGAAGGUUCUGGCAUCCAACCCCAUCAUGGAGUCCAUAGGUAAUGCUAAGACCACCAGGAAUGAUAACAGCAGUCGAUUCGGGAAGUACAUUGAGAUUGGCUUUGAUAGGAGGUAUCACAUCAUCGGGGCGAACAUGAGGACAUAUCUGCUGGAGAAAUCACGAGUUGUGUUUCAGGCAGACGAGGAGAGGAACUAUCAUAUCUUCUAUCAACUGUGUGCUUCUGCUCACCUGCCCGAGUUUAAAGCCCUUAAACUCAGGACAGCCAAUGAUUUUCACUACACGAAACAGGGCAGAAACCCAGUAAUAGAUGGGGUGGAUGAUGCUAAGGAGAUGUCGACCACCAGAAACGCCUUCACACUGCUCGGUGUGAAUGAGUCCUAUCAGAUGGGCUUGUUUCAGAUUCUUGCAUCAAUUUUGCACUUGGGGAAUGUGGAGGUGAAAGACAAAGAUUCAGACAGCAGUAUUAUUCUUCCAAAUAAUGCUCACCUGAGCGUGUUUUGUGAAUUGAUGGGCGUGACAUAUCAGGACAUGUCUCAUUGGCUGUGUCAUAAGAAGCUAAAGACGGCAACCGAGACCUACAUAAAACCCAUUCCCAAACUACAGGCCAUAAACGCCCGUGAUGCUCUCGCUAAACACAUCUACGCCAAACUCUUCAACUGGAUCGUUGACCAUGUGAACAAAGCACUGCAUUCAACAGUCAAACAGCAUUCUUUCAUUGGAGUCCUGGACAUUUACGGGUUUGAAACAUUUGAGAUCAACAGUUUUGAACAAUUCUGUAUCAAUUAUGCCAAUGAGAAACUCCAGCAGCAGUUCAACAUGCAUGUUUUUAAGCUGGAACAAGAGGAAUACAUGAGAGAACAGAUUCCCUGGACUCUCAUCGAUUUCUAUGAUAACCAGCCCUGUAUCAACCUCAUCGAGGCCAAGAUGGGCAUCCUCGACCUGCUGGAUGAAGAGUGCAAGAUGCCGAAGGGUUCGGAUGACUCUUGGGCUCAGAAGCUGUAUAACACUCAUUUGAAGACGUGUGCACUUUUUGAGAAACCUCGGAUGUCCAAUAAAGCCUUCAUUAUUCAGCACUUCGCAGAUAAGGUUGAGUAUCAGUGUGACGGUUUUCUGGAGAAGAAUAAAGACACAGUGAAUGAGCAGCAGAUCAAUGUUCUGAAGGCCAGCAAGUUUGACCUGUUGGUGGAGCUGUUCCAGGAUGAAGAGAAAGCCACAAGUCCGACUGGUGCUCCUCUGGCUCCUGGAGGACGAACACGUCUCAGCGUCAAACCAGACAAGAAAAAAGCCGGCCAGGCCAGCAAAGAGCACAAGAAGACGGUCGGACUGCAGUUCCGCAAUUCUCUUCAGCUGCUAAUGGAAACACUGAAUGCAACUACACCACACUAUGUUCGCUGCAUCAAACCCAACGAUCACAAAUUUGCCUUCACGUUUGACCCAAAGAGGGCAGUGCAACAGCUGCGUGCAUGUGGAGUCUUGGAAACCAUCCGAAUCUCUGCAACAGGUUUCCCAUCCAGGUGGACCUAUCAGGAGUUCUUCAGCAGGUAUCGUGUCCUGAUGAAACAGAAAGAUGUCUUGACAGAUAAGAAGAUGACCUGCAAAAAUGUUCUGGAGAAACUGGUGCAGGAUCCGGAUAAGUACCAGUUCGGGAAAACCAAGAUCUUUUUCCGAGCGGGGCAGGUUGCGUACCUGGAGAAACUGCGUGCAGACAAGCUGCGUGCUGCUUGCAUCCGCAUCCAGAAGACAAUCCGCUGCUGGCUGGCACGCAAGAAGUACCUGCGAAUGAAACACGCUGCCACAACUAUCCAGAGAUACGUCCGUGGAUACCAGGCCCGCUGUCUUGCAAAGUUCCUGCGUCGCACACGGGCCGCAAUCGUCAUCCAGAAGUACCAGCGCAUGUAUGUUCAGAAGACGUGUUACAGGCGCAAGCAGGCUGCAGCUCUGGCCAUGCAGUGCAUACUCAGAGCGUACAUGGCCAGACAGCUUUACAAAGCGCUUCUGCGAGAGCACAAGGCCGUCCUCAUUCAGAAGAUGGUCCGUGGCUGGUUGGCUCGUCAGUGGUACAAGCGGUCGCUCGAAGCCAUUGUGUACCUUCAGUGCUGCUUCCGUCGAAUGCAUGCCAAACGCCAGCUAAAGAAGCUCAAGAUCGAGGCCCGAUCGGUCGAACACUUCAAGAAGCUCAACAUCGGCAUGGAGAACAAGAUCAUGCAACUGCAGCGGAGGGUAGACGAACAGAACAAGGAUAACCGAGCUCUCAGCGAGCGCUUGAACGGCCUGGAGAUCAGUCAUGCUACAGAGUCCGAACGUCUGCGCACAGAGCUCAAGCGUCUGCGAGGGGCAGAGGAGGAGGCCAAAAGCAAUGGCAACAAAGUCACAACUCUUCUGGAGGAGCUGGAACGUCUGCGCAAAGACCUGCAGAUCACGCAGAAAGAGAAGAAGGCCAUCGAGGACUGGGCACAAAAAUACCAGGAUGAGAUGGAGAAGAUGAUCUCAGAACUGAAAGAGCAAAAUCACCUGCUGAAGAGCGAGAAAGACAACCUUAACCGACUGAUCCAGGAGCAGAGCCAGCAGUUUACAGACAAAAUGCAGAGGGCUCUAAAAGAGGAAACCCAGCAAUUAGAAAGCGAUUUAAAUGAGGAACGUUCUCGCUAUCAGAACCUGCUUACAGAACAUCUGCGACUGGAGGAGAAAUACGACGAUUUGAAGGAGGAGAUAACUCUGGCUGUGAACGUUCCCAAACCCGGCCACAGACGCACAGACUCCACACACAGCAGCAACGAAUCCGAAUGCACAUACUCUGAGUUUGCAGAGUCAGAGGAGGGGUCCCGCGGGGGGGAGGAUGUUUCAAAAGGGAUACUGGACAUGUCGCUCUUCCUAAAGCUGCAGAAGAGAGUGUCUGAACUAGAGCAAGACAAACAGUCACUGCAACACGAACUCGAUCGCAGAGAGGAGCAGUUUCAGCGGGCUAGAGCCAGGGAUGAUGAAGAACAUAAGAAGGCUCGUGGUGCUGAGCUGGAGUAUGAAUCUCUCAAGCGGCAGGAGCUGGAAUCUGAAAAUAAGAAGCUGAAACAUAAUCUAAAUCAGAUGCGUCAGUCUCUGCGAGGCAGCGGCGAGGCCGGUUCUGCCGCUCCGGGUUCUCCAGCGUACACGGUUCUGCUGGAUCAGUUGAAUGCUUCCAAUGAGGAGCUGGAUGUGCGUAAAGAGGAGGUGCUCAUCCUGCGAUCACAACUCGUCAGCCAGAAAGAGGCCAUGCAGCACAAGGAGACGAUGACUGAACCUUUGCCCUACAUUGAGGAUGUGCAGAAGCUGACUGAUGCCAAGGAGAUCUCACAGGCCUACGUGAGCUUGAAAGAAACCAACAGGUUGUUAGAGUCUCAGCUCCAGGCUCAGCGACGGUCUCAUGAGAAUGAGGUGGAGGUUUUGCGUGGAGAUCUUCAGAGUGUGAAAGAGGAGAAUAACCGUCAGCAGCAGCUGUUGGCUCAGAACCUUCAGCUUCCUCCAGAGGCCAGAAUCGAGGCCAGUCUACAGCACGAGAUCACGCGACUCACCAACGAAAAUCUGGACCUCAUGGAACAGCUAGAGAAACAGGACAAGACAGUUCGUAAGCUAAAGAAACAGCUGAAAGUCUUUGCCAAGAAGAUCAACGACUUGGAAGGUGGUCAGAUGGACGUGUCUCCAGGACAGACGACUGAUGAGCCUGUUCACCCGGUGAACAUUCCUCGCAGAGAGAAAGAUUUCCAGGGAAUGCUCGAGUACAAGAAAGAGGAUGAGCUGAAACUGGUCAAAAAUCUCAUACUUGAGCUGAAGCCUCGUGGUGUGGCGGUCAAUCUGAUUCCGGGUCUGCCUGCGUAUAUUCUCUUCAUGUGUCUGCGCCACUCCGACUACGUCAAUGAUGACCAGAAAGUGCGAUCUCUACUUACCUCCACCAUCAACAGCAUUAAGAAGAUCCUGAAGAAACGAGGCGAUGACUUUGAGACGGUUUCCUUCUGGUUGUCCAACACAUGCCGCUUCCUUCACUGCCUGAAACAGUACAGUGGAGAUGAGCAAUUCAUGAAGCAUAAUACCCCUAAACAGAACGAACACUGUCUCUCCAACUUUGACCUGGCUGAGUACAGGCAGGUUCUGAGUGACCUGGCCAUUCAGAUCUACCAGCAGCUCAUCAAGAGUAUGGAGAACAUCCUGCAGCCUAUGAUCGUUUCCGGCAUGCUAGAACACGAAACCAUUCAGGGCGUGUCAGGGGUCAAGCCCACGGGUCUCCGUAAGAGGACUUCCAGCAUUGCUGACGAGGGCACGUACACGCUGGACUCCAUCGUACGCCAGCUCAACACCUUCCACUCCAUCAUGUGCCAGCACGGGACUGACCCGGAGCUCAUCAAGCAGGUGGUCAAACAACAAUUUUACAUCAUCGGCGCCGUCACGCUCAACAACCUGCUGCUGCGUAAGGACAUGUGCUCCUGGAGCAAGGGCAUGCAGAUCAGGUAUAAUGUGAGUCAGCUUGAGGAAUGGUUAAGAGACAAGAACCUCAUGACAUGCGGCGCUAAAGAAACUCUGGAGCCGUUGAUUCAGGCCGCACAACUGCUGCAGGUAAAGAAGAAAACCGAUGAAGAUGCAGAGGCCAUCUGCUCCAUGUGUAACGCUCUCUCUACAGCACAGAUCGUAAAAGUGCUGAACUUGUACACGCCAGUCAAUGCGUUUGAAGAGCGAGUGACAGUACUGUUCAUAAGAACAAUACAGACCCGUUUAAGGGAUCGGAAGGAGUCACCUCAGCUGCUAAUGGACACCAAAAUCAUCUACCCCGUAACCUUCCCCUUUAACCCUUCCUCACUGGCCCUGGAAACCAUUCAAAUCCCUGGCAGUCUCAAUAUAGGCUUUCUUACUCGUGUGUAGACAUCACCUCACCAAUCACACGGCAGGAUCAAAGAACCAAAAUAUAGAAAUAAAAUCAAUAAUUAUAAGUUAAUAAACUACACACUCAAAGAGAAUGCAAUUUAGAUUUUGUCACCAAUCCAUUUCUCUCUUUACACAUAGUUUAUGUAUCCUAUCAAAGGCUUAAUCUCACAAUAAAACAUGUCUGUCAUAUUUGACCUUAAAAAUCUAAAGAAAUCGGGUAAAACCCAUGUCCAUUGUUGUGAUUUAAGCACCCUCCUGCUAUUCUUUAAUGCAAUAUUUCAUUUAGAUAUUUAAAUAUCAUACUAUAAGAUAUUUAUUUAUACAUGAUGGUGGCAGUUGCACUGCUUUAAUUAAUGCUGAAAAUGCUUUAAUGUAAAACCUUAUUCAGGAACGGAAUUUGACAAAAAAAAUCCUAAAAUAUCUGGAUCCAUUACAGUGAUGACUAAAUGAGAGGAGUGCAUUAUUAUAUUAUUAUACAUUUAAUGGUACAAAGAUAGUUUUUUUUUUUAGAAAUAAAGGACAUGUUUCUCAUAAGAACACUCCUAAAAUAUGACAUUUUAGGGAUGUUAAUGGCUCAUGACACAAAUGUCUUUAAGCACUGUCACAACCAAAAUACUGUCACGGGGCUGUAAAAUCAUAUACAUAUUAAAUAUCUAUGAAUAUGUAUGAUGUUAGGGUAUUUUCUUUAGUGCUUUGCCCCAUCACAUAUUUUUAUUAGCUAAUGUGGAUAUCCAGUUGCAAAGCUAGUACUCUAAAACCUUUAUUAUGUAUAUCAGAAAAAGCCUUUGAGCUCAGCUGACUGCAUUAUCGUAGAUGUUCAUUUGUAAGUAGUGCGUAAUGUUUAUUAGCUGUAAAAUAGGUAUGUCUGGUGUAACUAGGAGGAUGAAAGUCUGCAUCCAUGCGCUGUCCCAGAGCCUUCUAUGUGAGCUUUCAUUUUUUCUUAAAGUUUACAUCAUCGGGCCAUUUCAAAAGAUGAUACAGUCCAGACCCAGGGCAUGGUGUGUGUGGGAUCUUAGUGCCUAGAUGAGGUUUUUGAGGCCUCCACCAUGCUCAAGGUGGGUGAAUCUCGUGAAGCUGUGUCAAGGCUGUAUAUUAAACACGACCUGGACAUUUCUCAACACACUGGAUGUCCCCCAAGAAGUUAUUAAGUAACCCCAAGCUACCAUCACUGGAAGAGGUUUUAUAGAAGUCUUCAGUUAUUUAUUUAUUGUAUGAUUUUAACGAUUAGAAAUGACGGUUACUUCUAUAGCAUGUGCUGUUAUAUCAUUGAUUUAAUAUGACGUCUGUCUUUUGUGUUAAUGUCUGACAGGAUAUCAGUAUUACUUGAAUAUGUCAGACAGCUUUUAUUGUAAAACUGUUUAUUUUGAUGUUACAGCAGUCACCUUAUUACACUCAUGUUGUCCAUUCCACAUACACUAAAAUACUCUGUCAUGCUGCAUUACUCCAUUUACAUAAGUAAUACAUGGUUCAGGAUCAGGUCAAUGUAACACUAAACACCCAUCAAAAACCUAUACUUUGUGUUCAGUAUGUUGUUUAAAACUAGUUCAGUGUGUUAUUGGCCAUUAACACACUGCGUUGGACCUAUGUCGCUCCACUGUAGUUUGCUGUCAUCUGAUCAUGUCAUGCCUUACUUCACUGUACUUUCCGGCUUUCCUGUAUCACACUCGGAGCUUCAAUUUGACCUUUUCAACGUCAUGUCUGUCCUGGGUAUGAAAGAGAUCAGUGAUUGUAGAGUUGAAACUGUGUGUGUGGAUACAUUACACUGCAGAAAAAACCUGUAAAAUAAUGUUACAUCCUUUAAGCUAAAUAAAUAUACAUGAGAAGCAAACUUGUGUAUAGUAAUUUCAUUGGCAAAAAGGUUUUUGCAUAAAUCUUUUUUUCAGUGUAUUAAGGUUAGCACAAGAAAAACUAUUAGCCAAAUUAACCAUUUGAGACAUAAAAAUCUUACACAAUUUUGCUUCUGCAGUUAAUGUAUCUACAGUAGGCUAGAUAUGUUUGUUGAUGUAGGAUGGUUGUGCAAGUUUCAUGAAAAUUUUCUAAAACAAUGUAACUGUCUUUGAAAACAGGCUUUAUUUUCUUUAGCCAAACAAAACCAGACACUAAAAGGGAUUUUUGUGUCUGUGUAUGUGUAUAAAUCACUUAAAAGCAAAUUAUCACUAGCAAGAAUAAUUUGUUAAACUUUAUGAUGAUGAUUUGACCCAAUGUGUACUGAGGCGAUGUUUACUUUGUAUAGUGUUGUUUAUUGCGUUUUUAUAGAAGAAUAAUGGAUUUACAAAUUGAGUCUGAAGAAGAUUAUUAUGUUGUAUUGGAACACAAACAACUGAACGUAAAAUGGUAAUGUUUUAGUUUAUACAUGAUUUUAUUUACAGUGUUAUAUUUAAGCCUUACCUCUAAAGUGGACAACAUGUAACUGUAACAGUUUCAUUUUGUUCUUAUGUGUUGUGUGUUCUUUCUUUUCACUAGCUAUAAAACCGUAUGUUGAAAUAAAAUGGAAAAUUCAGAAAUGUAAUUUUUAGAUUUUUAUUGUAGAAACCUCUCCACACACAUUCUUCUGUAUUUCAUCCUACCUUCUCCAAAAAUCUUUUGAUUUUAAUAUUAAUCUUGCCGCCAGCAGCCCUGGUCAAACUUCAGAUAACUGAACUGUCUUCUACUGUACCUUUGAUUGGUUUGUCAUAUAUGACAAGCACAUCAUUGUUAUGGGAGUCAGCCAGAUGCUUAUCGAGUCAGGCAUGAUCACCCUGGUCUCCUGCUUGUAGAAAAGCGCAACUUAAACAAACAUUGUUAGUCACUGUAGGUAAUGCAGAUCAACUGAACGUUUCCUUUGUUUGGUACAUGACUUAGUGGAUCGAGGUCUCAGGAGGGGAUGUUUACUAAAGGACCCAGAGGGUUUGUAAUUCCUGUAGCUGUAAUUAUUUCAUCUGUUCAUUGAUGCAGUUUCAUUGAUAUACAAUAUGAAAACUUGUUCAAGUCAAAUAAAUAAAUUCACCACUGAAUGUCUGUAUGUGUUUUAAUACUAAUGUUUUAAAAAAAUGUGAUCACUUUGUAAUAGAUACAUUUUGAAUGUUGAUGUCAUCUUUGUACAAAAAUAGUGUCAAGCUCCAAUGUUUACGUUAAAGUCCCACUGCAGUUGAUAACUAACACCUAUUCUUUAAGCAUUAAAAUUGCAUAUGAAAAUAUUUUCCUGUGAUGAUAAUUUUUUUAUGUUUUAAAAGGACUUGGUUGUAGCUCUACACCCUAAGCAUAAGCCAAAUGGUCGGAAUCAUUGAAAGACGCACUAUAAAACCCCUAGACUCCCUUUGGUUCAGGCUAUUUGAUCAUCAAAAGACCAUAGCAAAACCUGGAACCAGGGGUCUGGUUUUACUGUUCUGAACUCUCACUGAGAGUUUUGAUAACCCUUUGGUUUCUCCGUGGGAUAUUUACGACUCCUAAGCUUCAAAGUAUAGGUGAGAAGUCUCUCUGGCUCACCUCUAACUUAACAUCUGAGGCUAACCAGAGAAACUUCUCAGACAAAUAGGAAUUUAUGUGAUUAAACUGUCCUUUCCUAUAAAUGUAUGUAAAUGUCUAGGUUGUGUGUUGGCGCUCGUGCCAUUUUAAAUAGUAUGUAACUGUUAGACAUACAGUUUAAUACAGGCUUUGUUUGUUUUCAUACAUUCAAAUGAAUCAUGACCCAUUUUUUAUAUCUAAAUGUUUCUCUUUACAAUUCUUCGUUGUGUGACCAUAGAACACCUUACACUCAUUAUGUUAUAAUUUGGACUGGUAUUUUGUAAAGUUACUUGGAGGUGCAAAUUAGCUGUUGAGUGGACAAAGAACCUUUCCCCUGCUCAACUACAAUUGGAUUCAUACAAACUGGGAGAGAAUGCCCUUUCAUGAAUUUUAAAUAUCGACGAGGACACAGACAGUGAGUUAGUUAAAUUUUAAUCUUCCUCAAGUUGCAUCGUUGGACCUUUCCUCUCACCUCCCCCUUCUGCUGCCUCGCACACCUCGAUGAGCCACGCGGUCACGAGGCCCGCAACUUUCAGCAGGACAGCAUUCUGGAAUCAUUUGAACUCUCCAUCUCUUCAAGGGCAUACGGAUAUUGGUCCAGCACAGAGCUCGCAAGUAUCCGUUUCUAUUUGUAGAAUAGCUGCCUAAAGUUUGUACCUCUUUGUAAAGAUGAAUUUUUUCUCUCACUCACUUUAUCUCUCUCUCUUUCUCUCUCUGCGCUCCCUAGCGCAUUUGUGUUUAAGGUAUUUAUUUUUGUUUAUGCGAUUGUCAUUAUGUUUACCAUGUAUAGUAGUGUUUAAUAAACGACCAUAUAUUCAUUUGUGAUGGGUUUUCUGUGCUCACGCUCAAAAGCUUGAUCACUUAAACUGUGUUUCGAUCUAUGCUACCUUAGCUCUAAAUCCUGUUUGGUAAAGUCACUUUACUUAUGGCCAUGAGAUAAUGUAAAAUGUAUAAUAUCAUUGAUGCAUUUGCUGGACGAGUGAUUAAAGUAUUGUUAUACUAUAUAUUAUGGAAA